CUACCCACCCACUGUUAGCGGAAGCUUUGCUUUGUAUCCCACUGCUAAAGUUGGUGGAUACCUAGGACAGGGCCCUCCCAUCUCUGGUGCCCAGGCUUUGGAAUUCCCAUCUUUGGAAGACCCAUCCUACCCAGGAAAAAAAUGGAAUGUUCAAUAACACAUUGCUGUAAUGUGCAAUACCCCUUUAGAAAGUACCAUAUGCUGACUGUCUCUGCCCUUAUAGUACGGGAGCCAUAUAAAUGAUGGCACAUGUUCUGCUUUACUGUAAUUUUUAUAGGGCUAUCCGUUGUAGUUAUAUAUUGCCUUUCAAAACCAAAUUACCAGGCAGUUUGGAUCCUUUUCAUGUAUGUUAUUACUUUUCUGACCAGAAUGAUGUGAUUUCAAUCAAAGUAGCGAAACCUUGUUUUAUUCCAAGCAGAAUUCAUUGGGAGAUUAUUAUUCCCAUACUGAGUCAUUUUCAGUGUGGCAGUACUCAUAGCAAGACACAUAAGUGCUUGGGCACCAGCUCUGUCUUCUGCACCAAGAAAGAUGAACCAGUCCCUCCCGUCAACAGUGAUACGAAGACUUCUGAUACGAAGGCUUCACAGAACCAGGAGAAGAUGCAAGUAACUUCAAAGAAGAACUUGCUGAGCAUCAUUAGUGAAAUGAAAGUAGAAAUAAGUUCAAAGAAGAAGUUCCAGAAGUUGAAAGCCCAGAAGAUAAAGGAUCAAGCAAGGGACUUGCCGGAAAAAAUUGAGAGUGCAAGUAGCAUGUUCCAGCAAGCUACAGAAGACAAAGCUAAGAGCAAGACACUGAAUCCAGAGCUGGUGGAAGCAGCCUCUGCGGUUGCCUCUUCCCUCCCUCUUGAUAGGAAAAGGACCGUUUCAGAAUUGCUUCAGCUUCUGAAAAAGCACAAGGAAGUCACUGAUGCUCGUAAAAAUGGAGAAAUCCCUGAUAUAAGCAACAUAGUAGCAAACAUGAAGAUUGGGAGAAAACCUCCAGCACGGGAUGCCUUAAGGCCAUCCAAUCAAAUUCAGUUCGAUGAUGAUGGACAAGGCUAUAUUUUUGAAAGGAGUGUUCCUCGUGGAUUUGCUGGGACAAAAGGGAGAGGGCUGUUUUCAGGAAAAAGACUGAAUAUAUUUACUCAUCCUUCUGCUACGGAGGACACACUUGAGACAGUGACGGCACCAACACUUUGGGAUCUGGAACUUGCUAAGGAAAUUGCAGCAGUCAGUCAGAAAGUACCUCGAAAUGGAUUUGAGGAGAUGAUACAGUGGACAAAAGAGGGAAAACUUUGGGAGUUUCCAAUUAACAAUGAAGCUGGACUUGAAGAUGAUGCUGAAUUUUAUGAACAUAUAUUUCUGGAUAAAUACAUAACAGACUUUCCUAAGGAAGGACCGAUUCGCCAUUUCAUGGAGCUCAUAACAUGUGGACUUUCCAAAAAUCCUUACUUAAGUGUUAAAGAGAAGGUGGAACAUAUUGAAUGGUUCCGGGAUUACUUUAAGGAAAAGGAAGAGUUGCUUAAAGAAAUUGAAGCACAUGAGAAGGAAAUCUUGGUUGAAAGAGAGAAAUUAUCAAAGUGAUUUUUUAAAAUGAAUUUGUCAAUGCAUGUUGGACAGUUAUACAAGCAAAUUUGGAAAAGAGGUGACUGUAUAAAAAUAUGUAUGAAAGGAGAAGAUGGUGGUCUCUGAUUCAUCUAUAACAGAAUUAGUAAUGAUUUUGUUAUUCUGUUUUAGACUAAGUAAAAGUUUCUACUAUUUCCCUCUGCUUUAACUGCAUUAGAUCAUGCUUAAUAUUAUUAAAUUGGUCAUUCCUGUUCUUUACUAUAAAUACAUUCAGAGAUUAAAGUAAUCCAAAGGAAAGAAAGAGGCUAUAGUUCUAUACAUUGUCAUUCAUAGUCAUUACGAUGUUUUUGUAUUUUCAGUGAAAUUUAUAUGGAAAGAUCCAAUUUGUCUUCAUAUUGUAAACCUGAGUGUUGGAGGUUCCGUAAAUCUUCUUCCCAUAGCAUAACAAUAACUGUGUAUGAAUCUUGCAAGAUUCACAGUAGCAAGGUUGGAGUGGGCCCUGGGAGAAAACGUUAAGAUGGGCCCCUGCCUGCCCCACUGUUGUUUUCUUCAGAGAGGUACAAAGAGGAGAGCAAAGAGCAAGCUAUAGCCCAGCCAGUUUGGGGGGGGUCACACUUCUGCCACCCCCCGUUCAAUUUUAGCUACACCCUUGCCUGCAAACUCUACUCUCCCCUCUUCUUCCCCCUGGGGGCAGUUUGCUGCUCAGGUGUUUACCAGUGUGUGGGGGGCAGUUGCUUGAGAUAAAUUGCAAAGUGUAAGACUAGUUUCCAUGUUCAUUGUAAUCCAUUAGAAAUUGAUUUCUCAGCUUCUUCCUCACUUUGUCCUCCAAUGUCAGAUAAUUGUCUGAGGUGAUUAAAAGGAACAAUUUGUCAAAGCAAUUUCACAUGUUCAGGUGACUAAAUUAUAACUGCAGUUCUCACAUGAAGAAUGUAAUCUGCAUACAAUGUUCUAAGUCUUUAUUAAAUUCUAAACACAUUAUUAAUUCUGAGCAUACUAUGACUGAAGUACAUAGAGUACUUGCGUAUUCAGAAUCUCCUAGAAAUAUAAAUAGGGAUUGUAGCCUGAACUUUAGGCUAUACUGAAUUUUGGAGCUAAAGCCUGAGGCAGAAAUCUGGAGACAAACUAUUAUGCCCUAUUUAUGUGCAUACAAAAAUCUAUGUCUAAAUUCAAGAGAAUUCAUUCUAUUCAAAAUGUAUGGAUUAGUUGAUAUAAAGUUUCUUUUUGCUUGU